AUGUAACCAAAGAAAUCGUUUCUUGCUAGUGCACCAGGAUCUAAAUAAUUCAAUAUAAAGUCGUAUGAAAGGCCAGGAUUUACUGAAGAUGAAAUUAAAGAAAUCAAGGAAGCAUUUGAUAUUUUCGAUGAAGAUGGGUAAAUUAUAUCAUUAAUUUUAAGUGGUGGAGAAAUUGAUCCAAGAGAAUUAAAGACAGUAAUGGCAUCUUUGGGAUUUGCAACUGAUGAACAUUUGCUUAAUAAUUUAAUUGAUAUAGCUUAAACUAAUAAAUAAGAUGGAAAAAUAGAUUUUGAUGAAUUUUUAGAUCUUAUGACUGUUAGAUUAUCAGAUAUCAAAUCUAAAGAAAAUUUAAAAGAAGUUUUUGAUCUUUUAAAACCGAAUGAAAAAGGUUGCUUAUAAUUAGAAUCUUUAAAGCAAAUUUGUCGAGAAGUUGGUGAAAAUAUAGAGGAAAAUGAAUUGAAUGAGAUGUUAAAGCGAGCUGACUUUGAUAAGGAUGAUGUGGUGAAUUUCGAAGACUUUUAUAAAAUUAUUACUUUUUAAAAAUGA